AUGGCCGCUCUGAAGUUAUUUUUUUUUGCCGCGUUAUGUACGUCGGCUUUUGCAACAGUCAUCAAUAUCCGGCCUUGUGAGGAAGUUACCCAGGAUGUCUGCACAGUGUCUGAAGCCCGCAUUACUCCGUGCACAAAUGUGAAGAGAUGUACGGUUAAGAAGAACAACAAUGUGGCAAUCUCCUUUGACUUCACGCCGAACUUCAGCAUAUCAAAGGCCAAAACCAUGGUUUACGCGCUCAUCGGAAAUGAUUAUAAACUCUUUGCUGGCUUUGGUUCUGACGACGCCUGCACGUACACCAGCUGUCCUUUCGAAGCCGGAAACACCCAGACCUUAAAUUACAACAUGUACCUGAAUCCAAAAACGCCAAAAGGUUCUUAUGAUCUGCAAUGGAAAGUGUGGAAUGAAGAGAACGACAAAGAAAUUUGCUGUUUCAAAUUUCCUCUACGUAUUAGAUAA